AUGGGCCCUCACUUGUACAUCGCACUUCCUGGCCUAGCUACUGAUACGCAAACUGUUCAGCAAAAGUUGAAAUUUAGGCUGAAUUUGUACGAAUUAAGAGAGAAUCGUCGCAUUCAUCCGAAGGCGUUUGCUUCUAUGGUAUCAAAUUUGCUGUAUGAAAGAAGAUUUGGGCCUUUUUUUGUUGAACCUGUUAUUGCAGGUUUAGAUCCGAAAACUUUUGAACCUUUUGUAUGCAAUUUGGAUCUAAUAGGGUGUCCAAAUAUACCAGAAGAUUUUGUUGUUGGAGGUACUUGUUCUGAACAACUGUAUGGUAUGUGUGAAGCAUUAUGGAAACCUGAUCUUCUUCCCGAUGAACUGUUUGAAACUAUAUCACAAGCUCUUUUGAACGCUGUGGAUCGAGAUGCAAUGUCAGGCUGGGGAGCACGUGUAUACAUCAUUGAAAAAGAUAAGAUUGUUGUCAAAGAAUUGAAGACAAGAAUGGACUAA